UGUCACACACCGAGCUUCAGGGUGGGACGUUAACGGCUGACGUCUCUCUCUCUCUCUCUGCUCCGUUUCAAUUCAGCCAAAUCAUAACUGGCAGCCGGAGAUACAUGCGUCUUUUCACAGAGACCAAUUAGCACCUGGUCCGGGCGUUUUAGCAAGCGGUGGAAACGACGAGAACAGCUGAGGGGGGGAAACAGCACUUCCUAAACCUGAAAUUAGCUUAGAGAGCAGCUGACUGAACAAACGCAGCGACCUCGGGGGAAAAAAACGCACAGAAAUGGACGAAAAGGCGUUCACGAAAGAAAUCGAUCUGUGGAUCGAGCAGCUCAACGAAUGCAAGCAGCUGACGGAGAACCAAGUGAAAACACUAUGCGAGAAGGCUAAAGAGAUCCUGACCAAGGAGUCCAACGUCCAGGAGGUGAGAUGUCCGGUGACAGUGUGCGGCGAUGUCCACGGCCAGUUCCAUGACCUCAUGGAGCUCUUCAAGAUUGGAGGGAAAUCUCCAGACACAAACUAUCUGUUCAUGGGCGACUACGUGGACAGAGGUUACUACUCCGUAGAAACCGUCACUUUACUAGUAGCACUUAAGGUACGGUACCGGGAGCGUAUCACAAUCCUCAGAGGGAACCACGAGAGCAGACAGAUUACACAAGUGUACGGCUUCUAUGAUGAAUGCCUAAGGAAAUACGGCAACGCCAACGUUUGGAAGUACUUCACAGACCUGUUCGAUUACCUCCCCCUCACUGCCUUGGUAGACUCUCAGAUCUUCUGUCUUCACGGAGGACUGUCACCGUCCAUAGAUACAUUGGAUCACAUCAGAGCACUGGACCGCUUACAGGAAGUGCCACACGAGGGCCCCAUGUGUGACCUGCUGUGGUCGGACCCUGACGACCGUGGUGGCUGGGGCAUCUCUCCUCGUGGAGCCGGCUACACCUUUGGCCAGGACAUCUCCGAGACAUUCAACCACGCCAACCGCCUCACACUGGUAUCCCGUGCCCACCAGCUGGUCAUGGAGGGUUACAACUGGUGCCAUGAGAGGAAUGUGGUGACAAUAUUCAGCGCUCCCAACUACUGCUACCGCUGUGGAAACCAGGCAGCUAUCAUGGAACUAGAUGACACCCUCAAAUACUCUUUCCUGCAGUUUGAUCCUGCGCCUCGCAGAGGAGAGCCCCAUGUCACUCGUCGCACCCCAGACUACUUCCUGUAAACUCUGACCUUUGACCCCUGCACAGUCCAGUCCAGUCCAGUAUUGCCAUGCUAUAUGAAAACUACCUUCAACCGGUAACAACAUGAAAAAGAGAGAGAAAGGGGGGGGGUUGCAGAAACUGGGGGCUACACAGCAGUGUACAUUGUAUUUUCACACAAAGACCUAUUUAAGCAUUUAGCAAAAAAAAAUAAACAAAUGUCUGUGUCUAUGGAUGGACCAAAAGGUGUGUGCCAUAACCAUUACAAUAUUCAUUGCUGAAGACCUGUAUUGACCCCCCUUCCCCACUAUGUAAAACAGCAGUGGUUUGAAUUCCUCAUUCUGUACCCUUCCAGCUCGACUGACUGCACCAAGGUCCAAGACAAAAGCAGUAGUGAUGCAUUGUUACUUCAAAUACAGCUGUUUGAAUCCCACAUGCCAUGGCUUACUAUGUGGAUUCCUUCACAUUUUCAAUAUAUAAACAUGAUUUCUUUGCACUUUUGUAAAUCUGAGGAAAAAAUGUAACAUAAAGUAAAAAGAUGAAGAGAUUUCACACUACAGAAGAUUUUUCAUUGAUUUUUUUUUUUUUUUUUUUUAAAUUACCAAGAAAGCCCCCAUCAGGCAACUUGUGUGUGAGGUUUCUGUUCUCCAGUAAAACAUCGAAAGGAAUACCUUUCUUAUGCAGUCACCCAGCAGAUGAUGGAGUGUUCAUCCACAUCAACUCACUUGACUCCCUCUGAAUUUAAGAGUCUGUAUUUAACCGAAUCAUUUGAAUAAUAAAGAUAAAGGUGGCUCCUUGAA